UCCAACUCAAAAAAAAAAAACAAAACUCCAGCUACUAAAUAAAAUACUCAAAUCCACUCCAUACUAACGCACGUUGUAACAGUCAACGAUUCUUUUUCUACACACCAUGAAAUGGGGAAGAACUUCAGACAAAUUUCAAAAAAACAAGCUGCAAAAAUGUCGGGAUUAACAUUGAGAAGAUGGAAUUGUGCUACUGAGCUCAAGUUCAUCUUCAUCAUCCUCUUCAUCUUCUGUUCACUUGUUACCUUCUUCCAAUUCUUUCCUCUUCAAUUCUUUCCAUUCUCCUCAAAUCUCACUUCAUGCUCAACACCCACUAUUGCAUCAAUUUACCCAUCUCCACCCCGACAACCAUCUGAUCAGAUCCUUGAAGAUGGUGUUAUUCGAAGAUCUUUUUACCCAGUUGGAGUUGCUGCUUACAAUUUCGUUUUAAUGUCAGCUUACCGUGGUGGUUUAAGCUCUUUUGCUAUCAUGGGUCUUUCUUCUAAACCCCUUCACAAUUUUGGGCAUCCGACUUAUACUUGUGAAUACCAAUUUCAUGACCCAAAUCGUACUAGUUUGAUUGUUCAAGGGAAUAAGCUUGAAUUUCAGGAUUUUGGGUAUGCUCGUGUUUACCUUGUUAUUGUGAUUAACUGUACUUUCCCAGAUGAGGUUAUGGACCCUUCAAUUGGGGGACGUCUUGUUCUUCAUGCUUCUACUAAUGGUGGAUAUGAUCAAGCUGUUAAUUCAACUGAUACAAUUAUUGCCUUAAAUGAACCCCCUAAUUCUUGGGAGAUUUCCCAUUUUUUGUCUCCUCCUAGAUAUGAUUACCUUUAUUGUGGAGGGUCUUUGUUUGGGGACCUUAGUCCUCAAAGGGUUAGGGAGUGGAUAGCUUAUCAUGUGAGAUUGUUUGGGAAGAAGUCCCACUUUGUGAUUCAUGAUGCAGGUGGGGUCCACCCUGAAGUUAUGGAAGUUUUGAAGCCAUGGAUGGAGCUUGGGUAUGUUACUGUGGAGGAUAUUAGGGAGGAAGGAAGGUUUGAUGCAUUUUAUCAUAAUCAAAUGCUUGUUCUUAAUGAUUGUUUGCAUCGACAUCGAUCCGAUACUAAGUGGAUGUUUUUCUUUGAUGUGGAUGAGUAUAUUUAUUUGCCUACUAACAUGGAUUUUCAUUCUGUCAUGGAUUCACUCAAGGAUUAUACAAUGUUCAUUAUUGAGCAGGUUUCUAUGUCAAAUCAACUCUGCCUUGCUGAUGAUUCCGGCCAAUUUUUCCAACAAUGGGGGUUCGAAAAGCUGGUGUAUAGGAAUGCGAAAAAAAUGAGGAGAGACCACAAAUACGCUAUCCAGCCACGGAAUGUGUAUGCAACAGGAGUCCAUAUGUCGGAGAACUAUGUGGGUAAGUCUACCCAGUUGCCCGACAAGACGAUGAAGUAUUUCCAUUUCCAUGGCACCGUUGCAGAGCGCCAUGAACCAUGCCGACGGAAGCUAAAGGACCCUUCAAUCACCAUGGAAAAAACCCCUUAUGCUCUCGAUACUAGCUUACGAUCUUUGGCACCUCUUGUCAAGCAGUUUGAGCUCGACACCAUUGGUUCGAGGCUUCAAUCAACAAGGCUAUAACCCUAGCUCUUGAUUCCAUUCUUUUAAUCUAUUGUAAUUCUUAAUAACACUUGUUCUUUGUUGUUUAUACAUAGAUAUGAUAGGUCCAUAGAUUUCCCCCUAUUCUUUCAUAUCUUUCUUUGGAGGGGAGAUGCAUAGUAGCAUUUUGUUGUAACUUUUGGGUGAAUAUGUUCUUUUGAUAAUUUAUGUGAUGCUCUUAGCUCUUUCCUAUUGUGAUCCUCUCCCAUAUGCAUUUUUUUUAAGCGAGGAAGGCUAGAGAAUCUCGUACAUACAAGAGAAAUGGGGAAUUUAUCUGCUGUUGAGAGUCGAAUCCUUAUCAUACGGGUGAAAGGUAAAACUUUUAACACUAGGUUAACUCUACUCGCACAUUAUCAACCUAGAAACUAGUGGAAAGUAAAAACUACUCUCACUGUCUUACGAAAUUUGCCACACUUUUCUUUUUAGUUCAUUCCACCUAAUUUGUUUUAUUUCUAAGUUUUGCCUUGAUUUACGCUCUUUCUUUAAUUCUCAUUUGACAUAUUCAAGUUA